UGCUCUCGCAUUACAGCAACAUACAAAGCUCAUUUUGUCUUUUUUCAGGGUUGUAAGUCAAAAUCUAACACAUCGUUUAACGCUCAAUCAUUCAGAACAAUGGCUUACGUUUACUACUGAUAGUUUUUUUCAACUAAACUUUGAUUUAAUGGUUAAUUGUCGGCUUUUCUCGAGUGGAAAUGUUCAAAGCAAAGAUACUAUUCAUUGGUCCAAACGAGAGUGGGAAAACCAUUCUCGCAAACUUCCUCUCCAACGCAACAGAAAAUGUGGGCGGCGAAUACAGACCCACUCAAGGAGUCAGGAUAUUGGAAUUUGAGUCACAGCCUGAGGGGAGCGGUGACAAGACAUGUGAAGUUGAACUUUGGGACUGCUCAGGGAAUUUCAAAUUUGAAUCAUGCUGGCCUGCAAUCGUGAAGGACUGCAGUGGCGUGGUGAUCAUUUUUAAUCCAGACAUUCCCAGUCAUCUCAAAGAAAUCGAAACGUGGCAUUCCAUGUUCAUCUCCUCUCAAGCUUUGCAGGAUACCCGUUGUCUGCUCAUAGCUCACCACAAGCCCGGCAGUGAAGUCGAAGGUGGACGGCUGCCUUUAGCCUCAAAUCUGAGCAGACUGCCGCUGAUUCACUCCAAUCUGGAAGAAGAGCCUGAGGAAGUGAGGCAGGCUUUCCACAGAUACCUGGGAAGCGUUGUAAAGGCAAUGUCAGAGAGUCGGGAGCAAGAGGAGAUGUCCAUCAUUAUGUAGCAGUAAAAUCUAUAAAGCCUGUAUUAUAUUUAAAACACACAAUGUUGAGAUCUUGUUUGUCAGCUGUGCAAAAUAUAUUCCAACUUUGCUGCAACCCUAUUUUUUCUCCACAAUUUGAUCUUUCUGCUUAUUUUUGGUUUUAUACAUUUUUGUAAGUAUUUUGUGAAUAAAAUGCUAUAACCCAGUUCACUCUGGAAAACAACAACCAAGAGCCCAAAAAUGUGUUUCUUCUCUAGUUGUAAGUUAUGCUUAUUUGACAAUCAAGUGGAAGUUAUUGACAAUGUGCUGAUCAGAAAUGCAAAAGAUGAAAAUUAAGUUCAAUAUUUCAACAUUGUAUCUAAUUAUAGCUCCUUUUCUAGAAGCACUUUGCAAUGAAGAAUCACAUCAACACCUCAGUCGUCACACGUCUGUUCCUCAAGGUAUCUUACUUCAAAAGAAACAGGAACACUACUUUCAGUCACAAGAAACUGCUUUAAUGACAUAAUCUAGAAAAAUAGAUAGUUGUCAUAGGGCCUGGUAAUGUUACACAAAAUAU